AUGUUUCCUAGCCCUGUGACAACGACACCCUUCUCGGUCAAGGAUAUUUUGAACCUGGAACAGCAUCAGAGCGGCCUGGCCUCCAUGGAGCUCUCCUCGCUGUCCUCCCCGUCCUGCAUGUUGGCCACCUUCAAGCAGGAGGCGUACA